CCGUAGGUGGAAAUCCGUGGAACACGCCCAGGUAAGCUCGCUUGGUGCCGGAUUGGUCGCGUGGGAGUGGUCCAUAAUGAGCCAGAGUCCCCGUCCAACAGCUCAACAUGGGUCAGCGUCAAGGCCACCCCAUUACCUUUGAGGAGAUCAGCUCAGCCUGGUUACCCGGCGGCGUGCCCGCCCUGCCGCCCACCGGAGCCACCCACACGGCCCCACCCACCUCGCACGCCCCUUCGACCACCCAGGACCCAGCCCCGAGUCAGUCGUUGGGUCAGGGCUUACUCCGUCAGACCCGGAAUAUUCAACGGUUGACCUCGUUGAGUUAUGUCCAAUUCCUGGGUCACAUCCAAGAAUUGAAUGGGAUUUCCAGUCGGUUCCUGGAUUCCAAUGGCAAGCAAUUGGUGUUCGCCGUUCAACGAGGCACGGACACGACCAUCUUGUGGAAGGCCACGGCCAAAGUAGCCUGCGUCAAGGUGGAUGCCCACAGCAAAUCCAUCGAUUCCUACCGGACCUUGUCGUUACCCGAGUUUCUCGUGGUCUAUCACCGUCUCAAGAACCACUCCACGGCUUUUGGCGAUCCUUGCGACGAGGCCAGUAAGAUUCACUUGGCGGCCGAUGUGGCUUCAUUAGUCGAUGCUUCUACGGCUGCGGCUGAGGUCGAGACCACCGUGGGCUCGAAUCAAGAGGGACUGGACGAGUGUUGCAUUUGUCUUGAACGUCGAUCGGAAUUGAUCUUGCCGUGUGCUCAUUCAUUUUGCUCGCCUUGUAUUGAGCAGUGGCACGAAGGACAUCAUACGUGUCCCAUUUGUCGAGAGAACGUACCCAGUACGGAUGACGGUUGGGUGGUGUAUGAAGAGCCCGAUUCGGCGGAAAUAGCUACGGAUAUACAAAAGUUGCUCAUGGACUUGACUCAGUGAAAGAAAACUCUCAAGAUGGCCGAGCCCAAUCCAGCCAUGUUUGAAUACGAUUGUGAGGCGGUUCGGGUUCGAGCCAAGCGCAUCAAUCCGAGUACGGGCACGGAGGAGAUGAGAAAGUUCUCGGUCGAUCCCAACCUCACCAGCUACGAUAUUCUGAGAAGCAUUUUGGGCCGAGCUUUCGACAUAAGUGACCAAUUCCUGAUUUUCUUCUUGUCCGGGGUCGAUUGGCUACCCCUCAUCUCGGAUUGGGACUUGGAUAUCGCUAUUUUAAGCGCAGCUGAACCCUCGCUUCUGCUUCUCCUAUCUGAAGUGAGCCCUAAGAAACUGGCUGCAUGUGAGCCCACAAUAAUUUCGACCACACCCACUCGAGUUCGAACCAGUGUUAAAGCGAGCGGAUCUCGGAAUGCCGGCAGGCCGCCAAGUGGAGCCGAGUCGCUCAAGGAGAGACAACCCAGUCCCAUUUUGGCAUCUUUAAGACAGCAAAUGGAAAGGAAUCUCCCCGGUUUAUCUAGCCGUCUACACAAGGCCAUGACCAUGGCCGAAGAAGUUAUCGUUCCGAAAGGUCAACAAUUGGCCAGUCUCUUUGAUGUGGAUGAUGGCUCUCAAACGCGAGACCCCGCCAGUGUGUCCGACCAGGAUUUCGGCAAGUUUCUCAACAAAGUUGGAGAGUUGUCACAACCCAAAGAAUUGCGUUUGGCCGUGUUUCAAAGUGGCAUUGAACCCCCCUUGAGGAAGGUGCUUUGGAAGCACCUAUUGGGCGUGUACCCCAAUGGUUUAACGGGUAGACAGCGCGUGGAUUUCAUCAAGCAGAAAUGCGCGGAGUACGAAUGUCUGAAGAACGUCUGGAUGGAAAUGAUUCUUCAGGGUCGAGUGACGGACGAUUUGAAGCACAUUACCAACAUGGUUAAGAAAGACGUUUUAAGAACGGAUAGACACGCGGCAUUCUUUGCAGGAGAAGGCAAUCCAAAUGUCAGUAUCAUGUACAAUAUUCUCACUACGUAUGCGCUCAAUCAUCCAUCCGUGGGAUAUUGCCAGGGCAUGUCUGAUCUCUUGUCCCCCAUCAUGGCCGUUAUGAUUGAUGAAGGUCAAGCGUACGUAUCAUUCUGUGCGUUGAUGACCCGGUUGAAGUCUAACUUCAUGUCUGACGGGAAAGCCAUGACCAAGAAGUUCGAACACCUGUCUCAAUCCCUCUUGUAUUACGAUCCCGAGUUCUUCUACUACUUGAAGCAAAGACACGCGGACGACCUAUUGUAUUGCUAUCGAUGGCUCGUGUUGGAAAUGAAACGUGAAUUUUCUUUUGAGGACGCCUUCACCGUAGCUGAAGUGAUAUGGGCAUCUCUACCUCCUUGCCAUGCGAACAAUAUUCACGGUGUGCAACUCUAUGAGCAUAGAUUCGUUCCAAAAGAUGCCAAGAAUGUCGUGCGAACUCCAAAUGAAGGCGCCAUGGCUAACAUUGCAAUCCUGAAGAAGCGACUUCAUCAAAGCGAUUCCCGCGGAUUCAUCAGGAAUCGCAUCAAAUCAGCUGAUAUGGCAGACGAUGAGGUUAAGGCCACACGAAGUCCAUUGCAAAAGAGUUUAAGUCUCAUGAGUGGGAAAUAUGCAACAAAUCACGAGAAAGAGGCACCCGACAAGACCCAUGAGAGCGAAAACAAGGACAACUCUCCAUUGCCGGCAAAGAAAAUCACGAACCUCAAUGAGUUCUAUCAACUGAAAACCUCUGUGUCUGAGUCAGAGGCAUUGAAGGAUGUCGCCGGCAUGGAUCUGGAUGAUAGUCUCGGCACCAAUGAAGCUUUGGAUGCUGGCGAAAUGGCUGGCUUAUUGGUGAAACGCCUUCCAAGUCCCAUCGAGUUUGGAGAUGGGAAUCCAUUCCUGAUGUUUGUGGCUCUAUCAUGUAUAUUGCAACAUCGAGACGCAAUCAUGGAACAGCAGCUAGACUACCAAGAGAUCGCCAUGUACUUUGAUCGCCUCAUCCGUCGUCAUGAUGUGAAAAAAUCGUUGAAGAUUGCGCGGGUCAUGUUCUCGGAAUAUCUCAAUGAUGAUUGGCAACAGAAGAAGAAACAGGAUGGAAGUGCAAUGAAAAGCCCCUCAACGGAGAGUCCAAGAUGUGAUUCUUCUACCAAAAAUUGCUGAAGGAGAGCAAUCCAUUUAUAUAAUUGUCAUAACCAUUCCAAAGACCUAAAUAUUUUCAUUAAUUCAUCCUGUAUCUAGUUUAAAUUGCUACGAUUGAAUGAGUUCAAUCAUAUUUUUUUAUAUCCCCCUUUGUUUGCCUUGUACUAAUACUAUAUAGUUUGUAAUGCUUUUCCUACUA